AUUCCUCCAAGCAUCAUACACAAACUUGUUUCGAUUCCUGCUGCUGUAGGCUGUAGCUCCCCCAAAUCUCAUCCACCGGCCGGCCCUAAUGGCGCUCCCAGAUGAACUCCUUGAGGAGAUCUUCCUACGCCUCGCCGCGGCCGCCGACCUCGCGCGCGCCUCCACGGCCUGCGUCUCCUUCCGCCGCGUCAUCACCGCCCACCCCUUCCUCCGCCGGUUCCGCGCCCUCCACCCGCCGCCCCUCCUCGGCAUCCUCUGCGGCGGCCUCAUCCCCGCGCAGCCGCCCCACCCUUCCGCCGCAGCGGCAGCCGCCUUUGCCGACGCCGACUUGUCGUGCUCCUUUCUCCCCCCACCCCUUUUCUCCCGCGCCCUCGAGGGGACCGGCGGCGACUACAACCCUAGCCACCUGGUCACGGAGUUCGCCGUCUGCGACCCCCUGCACCGUCGUUACCUCCUGCUGCCGGCCCUCCCCGACCUUCUGGUCGGUCAGGUCCAUAGGCCGGACAUCGUGGAGUGCGAGCCCUUCCUCGCUCCUCCUGGCCCUGACGACGUUGGGGCUGACUGGUCGUCAUUCAGAGUCAUGUACUUGGUGCGGUGCACAACCAAGCUCUUCCUCUUCGUCUUCUCUACCUGCGCCGGACAAUGGCUCGCUAAUCCUGUUACAAUUGACGUGUUUCGAUGCGGGGCGGUGCUGCACCGCUUCUGCGCCCAUGGCUGCUUCUGUUGGGAGGUUUUCCGGUCUAACAAGUUGCUCGUGCUCGAUGCGCGCAGGAUAGAGUUCUCCACUGUUGACCUCCCGCCUCCACCUGGCCUGAUGUGCGAAAGAUGGCCAUUGUAGAGGCAGGAGGAGGAAGGCUUGGGAUGCUUACUAUCUCUGAGCAUCCUGAACCUGGUGCAGAUCAUCUCCUUUAUGCCGUACAGUCUAAGGAUGCGAAUGGCACAAACCAGUGGCAGUCCAAGUCAGUAAUUUCUUUGCCGGAAAAUUAUCGCUAUGGCAUCAUGGGUGUAGCUGGUGGAUACUUACUCCUAACUGGGUAUCCAGAAGACGACAUGCCAAUCAGCUAUUUUUCACUGAAUCUCCAGACUUUCCAGGUUGAGUGGUUCUGUCAGACUGGUGAUAAAAGUCAUUUUUGGUGACCUGUAUGCCGAUCUCCCACCGUCCUUGUCCCCACCAACUCUUUGAACUGGUAAGCUUGCCCUCGAUUUUUAAUUACUUUGCUUGCAUAUGGCAUUGCAAUUGCAAUCUGAUGCAAGUGUUAGUUAUAUGGUAGUGUGUACAUUAUCAUUCUCUACUUUGGAAACGGUCCUGAACUAACGCUGAUGUGGCCAAGUUACUUCCCAUCCUUUAUAAUAUUCAUUCAUAUUGCUAGUUGGUGUUUAGGUACUAUUCUAAUAGUUUGUGCAUCUGGGCAAUUCGAAAUCUGUGAAUUUUAGGGUAAGCAAAAAGUAUCUGUUUCUCAUCUUGUGAAUAUGACUCAUUUUGAGUGUCAUACCGAAAUAGUAAUCAGCAUUACAGUAUGGACAAGUCAAGCUGGAUUUGACAUGUAUUGGCUACUUUCCCGCUAGUCUUUUUUCUUGUACAUUUGAAACUACAUAUUUUCCCCUUUUCUAGCUACGUAUUGAACAGUUUACUUCUGCUAGUUCUUUCUCCCCUCAGCAUGCUCACAUUCUAGAUGUCCAUUGAUUGCUUUAGUUAGUUACUUUGUGGUAGGAUCCAUUCAUUAGAUUGCAUAAAGCACCAGUGUUAAUAACAUUAGUAGCAGCAAGCACCACUAUUUAUCAAAACAAUGGUACUUUGCACUAUUUUUAAAUUUUGUUGGGCUGUGCAGUGUGCAUCAUGUCAAAUGAAUUCUUGCCUUUGGCUGGUGAGACUCACAGUCAGCUGAGGGCGCAUUAGAUAGCAUUCUAAAUUUGGGUUUUGCCGGCUGGCAUCAUCACCAAGUUAUCAAUUCUGGUGGCAUGUUAGGUGGAAUAGCUUCAAUUUGUGCAGUAAGUUGACCAUAGUGGUUUAAUGUUUUUUUUUUGUGUUUUUAUCUCACAAUGCAUCUGUGUUUUUAUCUCACAAUGUUUUUUUGUGGUAUGAUGAAACUUUGCACGCACACAAGAUAUUUCUCAAUGUUUGCAAAAAAGAUUUUAUUUUUAAUUUUCAUAUUUUUUUCAUUUUACUGUUCAUCCGGUCUAAUUUGAGCCCAAGCUAAGAAACUCUAUGUCUUGCUUAGACUGCUUUUCCUUGAAAGCUUAUGCUUAACCGAAAAAGACUAGAAACAACUAACUGGUCAUAGAGAUAAUUCAGCUGCUCGCCUCACUCAAAAAAGUAAUUUGCCGCGGCAAUGUCUCCUCUCCCUCUCCCACAACACCUCUCUCUCUCUCUCUCUCCAUUAGUGAGCAUCUCCCCUUCAUCUACCUCUAGAGCCCUCCCUGCUCUUCCGCGGCCUUCCCUGCUUCCACUAUUAUCUUCCUUGGACGCCCAUCCUCUACUCUGAUGACAACUUUGACCAUCUGGUGUUAAUUUGGGCCCAAUGAACUUUCUGUUGUAGCACUCUUCGUUUGGUGUUAAACUGCAUCGCUCUUCCUUCCCAAAAAAAUUGGUGUCGCUCCUUCGUCCUUUCACAAGCAAACCCUCAUGCGGCGGCCGACGCUGCGCGGGAGCGGCAGCCCCCCUCCCGUGAUUUUGACAUCGAGCAGCAGAGCCAUGACUUGCUUAGCUGGCCUUGCGGUCAUGCCUUGCAUCCCUAUCCAGCGACUCUUCCCUUUCGUUGCACGUAUGUUGCCUAAGGUUUGGCCUUCUAGGAAUCUGAGUUAUGCCAUGUAUCGGUAUGACCCUUAUCACUUUGCAUCAGCUGCAAACCUGCAAUGGCGUCCUCAUUUCUCCACUAAAAUGACGUGUCGUCACAUAGGGGUUUGCCGUCCCGGCGAUGCCGCUUUCCAACCGCUCUGGUCGAGCAGUCGAGCUUCAUGUGCUAUCUCUGUUUGCAUUGCACCAUCGGUUGAGCAGCUCAGUCGGGUGUUGUCGCUGGAGUGUUGGCAGUCAUUGGUGCAUGAACACAUUGCUUCCACUUAAGGGGAGGGAAAGCAAUUAGUGUUGCCAACGUGAUUUCCUGAUUUAAUAUGAAAUUAACAUUGUUGUCAAACUCAAUUAUGAAUUAAUGCAAUUUGUCUCUAAAUCAAUUUCAAUUAAUGCAAUUCAUAAUUUCAUUCCUAAUUGAUCGACGACAAUAUACUCCUAGUUGGUUAAAUUUAAAUUCACCCAAAUCGUCUCUUGUAUGCUGUACAGUCGUCCAAGGACGGGAAUGGCGCAAGCCAGUGGCAAUCCAAGCCCGCGACCCCUUUGCCGGAAAAUUAUCGCUAUUGCAUCAGGGGUGUAGCUGGUGGAUACUUGCUCCUAACUGGGCGCCCAGAAAACAACAGGGCAAUAGUAGACUAUUUUUCACUGGAUCUCCAGACUUUGCAGGUUGAGUGGUUCUGUCAGACUGGUGAUUAUGUCAUUGUUGGCGACUUGUAUGCCGAUCUCCCACCGUCCUUGUCCCCGCCGACACUUUGAAGUGUGUUAUACAGAAACAGUAAUCAGCAUCAUAAUAUGGACAAGUUAAGCUGGAUUUGACAUGGCCUCUCCAGAGAAAUAUACCAAUAGCAAGGAUUCGCAAGCGUGACUGAUGUCAUGUUAAGGAGAACAAAUGCAAGAGCUUUUGAAAGGGAAAAAGCGGUUUGCAUUCGACAACAAUUUGCAGCCCGAGAGAAUACGAUGCGUCGUUGAGCUACUGAAGAACAAGAAGCAUACACUGGAUGUCCGUCGCAUCCACCUUGUUUUUCCUGUUGAAGAUUUCAUAUCGUUUCUGCUACUCGUGCAGUGCUUUUAUGCCUUGCAAGAGACUAGCUUAUUAUGUAUCCACCGCCUGAUUGGCUCACUUACUUGUAGUGCCCAGCUUCAGUAGUGUCUUUGUUUGAACUGAGUUUGUUUGCGGCUUUAGUAACCCAAAAUCUGUGUUGAAUGUAUGGUGGCAUGCUCAUCUCAUGCAAAAGUUCAUUUGUAAGAUGCCAGCACCGAUAGCAAUGCGUCAAUCCA